AUGCAUAUCUGGGGAUGCUACAUCAAGGUAGGCAUCAAUGCUUAUGGAUCACACUCUACCAUCAUUUUACAGUUUGCAGCCAGCUCAAGUGGCUCUCAGCAACUGCCUGAAGUUGACAAUCCUGAAUCUGGGUCUUCUGCCCAGCUAUGUGCUGGCCCACAACAAGGUGUCAACAUUGGUGUCAAUAAUGUUGAUGACAUACAAAUCAAAUACCAUCCACAUGCUGCCAGGCCACCUCAAGACAUACCAUUUGCUGAGUUUGCCCAGGGCCACAGGCCAAAAGUGUACAAACCUGAUACUUCCACUGAUCCUUGGGAUCAAGUCAACCAUUUUCUCAAAACUGAGUCAUUCAUGCUGAACAAAUACAGUGAUCUUCACAGCAUGUGGAAGGCUGCUUCACACCAUAUGAUGGGAUUCAAGAAAGAGUUGGUUCAUGUAGUUGGUGUAGAUGGCGAGUCACUCAAAUUCCCCAUGUAUUAUCAUUUGCUUUUGGACUGGGCAUUUGAUCUUCUUAAACACCCUGGUGUGGGUCCACACUUUGUCUUUGAUGCAAAGCAUCUUUUCAAGUUUGAUGGCUCCUCUUUUACAGCUGAUGACUUUUGGAACAUCCAAGACAAACUGCCUCCAGAUGGGAAGGCUCUUCCAUUUAUUUUGUAUGCUGACAAAGCAAAGCUGUUGUCAUUUGGGCAACAGAAGGGAUACCCUGUUGUUGCUCAGCUUGCCAACCUGCCAACUUGGAUGCAGAAUGGCAAAGACCUCAGGAGGUGGUCACAUUGUUGGGUGAAGGAAGACAAGGAACAUUCUGGGAAACCUUGGUUUGCAAAUUUCAAGAAUGCAGUUUGGCAUGAGUCCUUCAAGAAACUUUUAGGAACAAUUGAGAAAGAGUCACAAACAGGCUGUUGGGUAAAAUGUUGGGAUGGUGUUCCACAUUGCUUCUUCCCCAUGAUCCUCAUUUUGUCUGCUGAUUAUGAAGAACAGGCAGUCAUGGCACUCAUAUGCAGUGUCAGGUCCAACUUCCCUUGUCCUGACACUACUGAGAAAAGAGAACAAAUUUUGAUACAGCAGGGUCUUUGUGAUGUUCAUAAUGCAUUCGUGGUCAUUGCAAAUACAGAUGUUUAUCAUGCCCUGUCUUGGGAUCAGCUGCAUGCAAAUUUUGCAGGAAAGUUUGGUGAUCACCUGUGGCAAGAGCUUCUUAGGAUCCUCGAGAAGGGAGGUCAUCAAGUCAUGGCAAAAGUGGAGCAGAAUCUAAAUCACUUCGAUGAAGCCCUCUCCAUCUCAUACACUGAUGGCCAAAAAUUUGGGGACUUGUCAAAGAUAGUUGUGUUCAUGUGUCAUGAUGUCUUGUUACCUACAGAGAUGGAGGGCUACCUCCUACUUUGUUGUCUAUGCACUUAUAUUGAAUUUGAUUUGUAUACAGGGCUCAAGUUACACAUGGCACAUACACUUGAGGCAGGCCAAGAGGCACUUGCAACAUUUAACACUUUGAUGCAGGUACAUCUUGUAACCACCAAGAAAACAUGGAAUUUCCCAAAGAACCACACAUGCAUGCAUGUAUUCAAUGACAUCAAAGCUAAAGGUCCAAACAAGAAGAUGCAUGGGCCUUUGAAGGAGAAGUAUCAAAGAUGUACAAACUUCAAAAAUGUCAUGGAGCAAAUUCUUGACAUCAACCAUCUUGAGUUGGUGUCCAGACUCAUCUGUUGCAGGAUUGCUGAUUAUGAUACAUAUAUGUCCAACACAGAAACCAGUGCAGGAAGCCCUGGUGGUGAUGACACUGACAACAUUGAGCAGGAAGAUUUUUUCCAUGUCAAGUUAGGGAGUAAAGUGAAACUUAAUGAGUUCCUCAAUAGACAUUUUACAACUGCAAGGAAACCUCUUCCAGGUGGCAAGGCCAUCCAGUUCCAACCAAACAAUCAGAUUAUAGAAUACAGAUAUAUUAAAGUCAACUUUGAAUCAAUUGUCAAUUGGUGCCAGUAUACAGAUCAUUUAUGGUGUAAUCCCAGUUUCCAUGGGUGCAGCUGUUACAAUUCCAUAAAGGACAUGCAUCUCAGCCUGUGGAGGGUCCAUGAGCAACCCUGUGAAUCAGCUGAAAUUUUCUCCAUGCACUCAAUUAUCCAUGGUGUGCUUUUAUACCCAGACCAUACAAGAACUGGUGACUAUCUUGUAAUUGACACAAUUGAUACUGACAUGUUUCUUCAUGUGCAAAUGAUGCACAAGGCUGCCAGGCACCACUGA